GCUACUGCCUGGCAUGCAGCAGAGUGACCCCAACCUUGGGCAGAAUCUGGCCUCCCUGGGAGUCUGGCCAGCUUUGAAACUUGAAUGUUUUGCCGAACUCCUUCCCCAUGAGGCUGAACAGGCCCAGGGAGACUCCUCCCCAGGCUCUGGAGGAGGCACCAUUCCCCUCAGGAUCUUGGAACGGCCUAGGAUGUGCUUCAUUCACCUAAUGGCACACCCUCAUCCCCAUCCCAGCAUGAGUCCCACUGGGCCUUGCCCUCUCUCCCUCUCUGCUCUGAGCUUCACAUUCAUCUUCUGCACCUGUUGUCAGCCUGGGCUACUGGAGACAGCCACUGAGGAGUCAGCCCUGUGUGUGUAUGUGAAAGGGCUUGCAGGGAGCCGUGCCAGCAUUCAGGCCGCCCUGCAUACUCUGCUCACCGUGCCCUGGCCCUCGCAGUGGGAGUUCCGAGCAUGCAUCCAGCUCCUCUCAGUUCUACAGUGGGUCCUCAGCUUCUUGCUGAUGGGAAUCGUCUUCCUGUUUCUCCUCGUCUAUUUGGUCUUCACCAGUUUCUGGCCAGUUUCUGCUCUAUACUUUGCCUGGGUAAUCUUUGACUGGGACGCACCGGAGCAAGGUGGGAGGAGGUCGGCGUGGGUGCGAAACUGGCCUGUCUGGAAGCAUUUCCGAGAUUAUUUCCCUAUUCAGUUAGUGAAGACUCACAGCCUCCUCCCCGGUCACAAUUAUAUCAUUGGCGCACACCCCCAUGGGAUCCUCUGUGUUGGGGCCUUCUGCAACUUCAUCACCGAAUCCACUGGCUUCUCUGAGAAGUUCCCCGGCAUCAGACCCUUCCUGGCCACGCUGGCUGGCAACUUCCGGCUGCCUGUCUUCAGGGAGUACCUGAUGAGUGGGGGCCUGUGCCCUGUGACACGCCAGGCAAUAGGGUACCUGCUCUCUCAGAAUGGCAGUGGAAACGCUGUGGCCAUCGUAAUUGGAGGUGCAGCCGAGUCACUGUCUUGCCAGCCAGGAGUCACCACGUUAAUCCUCAAAAACCGCAAAGGCUUUGUUCGGAUGGCGCUGCAGCAUGGGGCGCACCUGGUUCCUGCCUUCUCCUUCGGUGAGAACGACCUCUUCCGGCAGGUGGUUUUUGAAGAGGGCAGCUGGUUGAGGGGCAUUCAGAAGAGGUUCCAGAAGCUGGUGGGCUUUGCUCCCUGCGUCUUCUAUGGACGGGGUUUAACUUCUAUCCAAUCCCGAGGCUUCCUGCCCUACCCAAAGCCUGUCACCACUGUCAGCUCUGGCAGUAGGAGAACCUGUGACGGUGCCCAGGAUCAAGGAGCCGAGCCACGAGACGGUGGAUCUGUACCAUGCUAUGUACAUCCGCUCCCUGCUCAAACUCUUCAAUGACCACAAAGCCAAGUAUGGCCUGUCGGAGGCGGACGAGCUGAGGAUCUUGUGACUGAGGCCAGAGAGAAGCCAGGGGACUUUGGGCAGCCAAGCCCUAACUCUCAAGGGCUGCCUGCUCUUGGAGGUGGGAAUGGCAGCUUACCUGGCAGGAUGGAGGCUCUCAGGGACAUACUGUUCACCCCAACUACUGCUUGUCCUCUACCCCAGUGCCUUACUCACUUGUCCCUUUGGUGCUGCCCCAGCCUCUGCUUCUGUUUGUUCCCUCCAGAAGAUGAAUGAAGGAAGGAGGGAGCUCCCUGAUUGUCAUAUCCCCGUGUUUCCUGUGUGCUUUCUGCUCACUCCCAUGGGCAAUGCAGUGAGUUGGCUUCCUCAACUCCCAAAGCCCUCUCAGGGAAGGGGAAGGGAGGAGCACAGGAAGGACAGGUGCUGGGGCUUGGAGGAGAUGGGGAGUGUGCAUGUGAGCAGAGGGACAUUGGGGAACGUGUGUGGGGACAUUUCUCCUCUGCCCGGACCCUGCUGUCCUGGAGUGAGAUGAAUAGUAGCUUUGUGCUGCUGCUAAUGGAACAGAGGAAUGCAACCCUGCAGGCUAAACUCUGCCCAGGGCUCCAACUCUGGCUAAGAAGGAGGGAGGGUGAGAUGUAUAGAAUGGGGGGG